UCCAUAUCCCUGUGGAGUGUGGAGGGUCCUAGUUGGCUCGGGCUACCCACUGCACACAUGCUGGACGACAGAGCCAGGAUGGAGAGCCCCAAGAAGGAAAAGGCAGAGCGCAUCCUGGCUGAGUUCCAGCUACAGGAGGAGGACCUAAAGAAAGUGAUGUGGAGGAUGCAGAAAGAGAUGGACCGUGGCCUGAGGCUGGAGACCCAUGAGGAGGCCAGCGUGAAGAUGCUGCCCACCUAUGUGCGCUCCACCCCGGAAGGCUCAGAAGUCGGGGACUUCCUGUCUCUGGACCUGGGCGGCACCAACUUCAGGGUGAUGCUGGUGAAGGUGGGGGAAGGCGAGGCAGGCCAGUGGAGCGUGAAGACCAAGCACCAGAUGUACUCGAUCCCCGAGGAUGCCAUGACGGGUACUGCUGAGAUGCUCUUUGACUACAUCUCCGAGUGCAUCUCGGACUUCCUGGACAAGCAUCAGAUGAAGCACAAGAAGCUUCCCCUGGGCUUCACUUUCUCCUUCCCUGUGCGGCAUGAAGACAUCGACAAGGGUAUUCUUCUCAACUGGACCAAGGGGUUCAAGGCAUCUGGAGCAGAAGGAAACAACAUCGUGGGACUACUGCGAGAUGCCAUCAAGCGGAGAGGGGACUUUGAGAUGGAUGUAGUGGCGAUGGUGAAUGACACUGUGGCCACCAUGAUCUCCUGCUACUAUGAAGAUCACCGAUGUGAGGUCGGAAUGAUUGUGGGUACAGGCUGCAACGCAUGUUACAUGGAGGAGAUGCAGAACGUGGAGCUGGUGGAGGGCGAUGAGGGCCGCAUGUGUGUCAACACUGAGUGGGGUGCUUUCGGGGACGCGGGUGAGCUGGAUGACUUCCUGUUGCAGUACGACCGUGUGGUGGACGAGAACUCCUUGAACCCAGGCCAGCAGCUGUUUGAGAAGCUCAUUGGCGGCAAGUACAUGGGCGAGCUAGUGCGCCUGGUACUGCUGAAGCUCGUGGACGAGAACCUGCUAUUUGGAGGGGAGGCCUCAGAGCAGCUGCGCACACGCGGAGCCUUCGAGACCCGCUUCGUGUCGCAGGUGGAGAGCGACUCAGGCGACCGCAAGCAGACCCUCAACAUCCUGCGCACCCUGGGAUUGCGGGCGUCGGUGGCCGACUGCGACCUGGUGCGGCGCGCUUGCGAGAGCGUGUCCACGCGCGCUGCGCACAUGUGCGCUGCGGGGCUGGCGGGCGUCAUCAACCGCAUGCGGGAGAGCCGCAGCGAGGAUGUCAUGCGCAUCACCGUGGGCGUGGACGGCUCCGUGUACAAGCUGCACCCCAGCUUCAAGGAGCGCUUCCACGCCAGCGUGCGCAGGUUGGCACCCAGCUGCGAGAUCACCUUCAUCGCAUCCGAGGAGGGCAGCGGCCGUGGCGCCGCGCUGGUGUCGGCUGUGGCCUGUAAGAAAGCGGGCAUGCUGGGCCAUUGAGAGGACAGGCUCAGCAGGAGCCUCUCGAGCCCCGAGAUGGCUUCGUGCCAGUCCUCUGUGCCUGGCUUGCCCGCCUCAGACACCAGCGCAGCAGAGCAGAGGAGAGGGAGCUCUGCAGCACAGGGGACCCGGUGGGCCCUCCUGGAAGUCACGGUGGAUGGAACAGCUCGCAGGACACUGUCAAAGCCGCCGCUACUGCCUCACUGCAUCAAUGCCUCUUGGAGAUGGGCUCCAGUCAUGGAACUGGGGUGCCCUCUGGACCCCGCUGUGGCCUGGCUCCCCCAGUACUUAGCCCAGGUCAA